UGGAAUCUGAUUGGCUGAGAGGACUCCAUCACUUCCUUGGUGUACCGGAAAUGGGUCACUGGAAAUCGAAGUGACGGCUAGCUUUACCGCCGCACGAGAGGGAGAAUGGAUGCGUUAAAUAAACUUAAACAAUUUGACGCUUACCCGAAAACUCUAGAGGACUUUAGGAUCAAGACAUGUGGAGGAGCCACGGUGACCAUCAUCAGUGGACUUAUCAUGUUGAUUCUGUUCUUCUCUGAGCUACAGUAUUAUCUCACUAAGGAGGUCCAUCCUGAACUAUUUGUAGACACUUCCAGAGGAGACAAACUGAGAAUCAACAUUGAUGUUCUGUUUCCACACAUGCCUUGUGCUUAUUUGAGCAUUGAUGCCAUGGAUGUAGCAGGAGAACAGCAACUAGAUGUGGAGCACAACUUGUUUAAACAGAGACUCGACAAAGAGGGCAAGCCAGUCACGUCAGAGGCUGAAAAACACGAUUUGGGGAAAGAUGAAGAAGAGGUGUUUGACCCCAGUAAGCUGGAUCCUGACCGCUGCGAGAGCUGUUAUGGAGCUGAGACUGAUGAUUUAAAGUGUUGUAAUACCUGUGAUGAUGUGCGGGAGGCGUACCGGCGGCGUGGCUGGGCGUUUAAGACCCCUGACACCAUUGAGCAGUGUAAGAGAGAGGGCUUCAGCCAGAAGAUGCAGGAACAGAAGAAUGAGGGAUGUCAAGUCUAUGGCUUUCUGGAGGUCAAUAAGGUGGCAGGAAAUUUCCAUUUUGCCCCUGGAAAGAGCUUCCAGCAGUCUCAUGUACAUGUGCAUGCUGUGGAAAUUCAUGAUCUGCAGAGCUUUGGGCUGGACAAUAUCAACAUGACACAUUACAUCAAACAUCUUUCAUUCGGCAAAGACUAUCCAGGAAUUAUCAACCCUUUAGAUGGUACUAAUGUAGCAGCACCUCAAGCAUCAAUGAUGUACCAGUAUUUUGUGAAAAUUGUGCCAACGAUAUAUGUUAAUGGAGAUGGAGAGGUUGUUAAAACAAACCAGUUUUCAGUAACCAGACAUGAGAAAGUAGCCAACGGGCUGAUUGGAGAUCAGGGUUUACCUGGGGUGUUUGUGCUUUAUGAACUGUCUCCGAUGAUGGUCAAAUUCACAGAGAAGCAAAGGUCUUUCACCCAUUUCCUAACAGGAGUUUGUGCUAUUAUAGGAGGUGUUUUCACAGUGGCUGGACUCAUCGAUUCUUUGAUAUACUACUCAGCAAGAGCCAUACAGAAGAAGAUCGAGCUGGGUAAAGCAUCCUAGCACCGCAUGGACACUGGGUGCAUGACUGUGUCUGGAAACCUCUGUGUUUUAAAGGGAAGGUGCCACAAUGAAAGCCCCAGACUGUAUAUGUUGUGGCCACAGAGCAGUAUCCGUCGACACGGGCCCCUCGCACACAAGCACAGGAACCGCACAGGGACCUGUGACUAAAACACUGGCCGACUGUAUUUUGGAGGAUCGUACGAACGUUCGCAUUAGCAGUACGCCGAUGCAACAGCUGUUUACAUCUGCAAAUCAAAGCUUUCUUUCUCAGAUUUUGGCCUUUAUUUGUCCUUUAUGAAUCACUCGUUGGUUGAUUUGAAAAUUGUAGUUUUACCUGAUCGCGAAACCAGUGUUUUCCUGCCUGUCAUACGCUGUCAGAGUUUGGCAGACUAAACCAGCAGUCGUUUGAAUGAGUUUGGGUCCCUACAGAAGAAUCAGAAGCAGCAGCCUUUGUCCAUCUGGAAAAGACACAAGCAAACUCAACAGGAAUCCUGUUCUGUCGUCAAGCACACAAGCUCCGUACGGAAACACAGAGACUGCAGUCUGUACAGGUGUCUGGUUUUUUUGUAAUUGCACCUUUAACUCUAAAUUCAGGGGCUGGGGUGUGUGUGUGUGUGUGUGUGUGUGUGUGUGUGUGUGUGUGUGUGUGUGUGUGUGCAGAUGGGUGUUUGGUAUGAGAGAGUUCUCAUGUUUUGUUGCCGGUUUAUCUUGUGUGUGGGAAAAAUGUAUUUAUAUUUUGAUUGUUCGAAGCAGUUUUUAAAAUGAGAAAUAAAUGUAACACUGAACUUCAGUGACUGUUUUCUUGUGAAUAAGCGACUAUUGAAUGAAUUUGCAUCCUAAAUUCGGAUCUGCAGAACAGAGGUGAUGCACAACAGUAAUGCUUUUAGUCGAGAUUAUGAGAAUUCUAUCUUAAUUUGUAUUUGAUCUUAAGUGCUUAGUUUUUAUUUAAUUAUCAUUGGAAACAAAGCUUACAUAGAUAGAGAGGCUGGGUUGGAAACUGCAUACUAUAUAUUACUUAAUGCAUAUUUCUGUAUAAAGUGAUUUUAGUGUUAAUUUUAGCAUCUCUUGCUAAACUGAUUAUUAAAUUGGAAAGCCAUGACAUUUUGAAAUAGAACUCUUUACUUCCAAGAUAAUAACUGUGUAUUACAUUGCCAAAAAUGCAGUAUACUAUACUUUUGUAUCUACUGUGUAAAAUUGUACAUCUCUUACUAAACUGAUUAUAUAAUCUGACAGCAAAAAAUUAACAUUUUUGCACAAAAUUAGAUUUAAAAAUGAAAAAUGAUUUUUAUUUCCGAGAUGAUAAUUUUGUAAGUGAAUGCUUAAUCAUAGUGUAUUAAAUUGCCGAAUCCCA